AUGCGUCCAUACAUUGUCGAAUUAUUACAGAAAACAAAACGCUCAUUGCUAAAUCUCAACUUAUUUCCUUCAGUCCCACCAUCUGUCGAUGAACAUCAACUUCACAAUCAACGGAUUUCAACAAGAGUAUUUAUCUUUCUCUUGUUAUCGUCGUUAACUAUUCUUAUCUUGUACACUUCAUUGAUCAACAUCACACAAACGAUCACUAUCGAUUUACCUACAGUCACAAAAUAUGAUGAUCUAUACUCAAAGUAUUCACAAGCAUUAUCAUGUCCAUGCACACAAGUAUCGAUUGGUUAUGACAAAAUUCUUCAUGUUGCAUAUGUGUUUCAUGAAGUGUGUAGUAGUGUCUAUGUCACACAAGCUUGGAUUGAUUAUCUUUCUCAAUUUACCGAAUUUUUUAAUUUAACUAGCGGAGACUUUCGAGCGACAAGCAUAGCUUCAUUUCAAGCUUUGAGCGGAAUUUGUCAGUUAGUCAAUGAAACUGUUAGCAAUCGUUUAAGUGAAUUCUAUUCAACACAGUAUGUUACCGCAUCUGUUGUGUCCAGAAAUGUAUUUGAAUCUCAAACUAAAGCAUUCGUAUCUCAAUUUAUAUCAACGAUGACUAAUGACUUUCUGUUAUCGCUUUCUGUAAUACGUGAUACUACUCAAGCGAACGGUUUGUUCUCUGGUCAAUUUACAAAUUAUGAACUGAUCCAGUCCAACGUGCGAGUAUUCCCAGUUUCAAAUUCAUAUGGAAACUGUAUGUGUUACAGUUCAGCUCGAUGCACGAGUCCAUCGAGAAUUAUUAAUAUUAACACUAAUACAGUGUUGUUCACUGUUCCGGGCUUUUAUAUCGGAUGUUAUAUCAUCGAAUCAUUACUUCAGUCGGACUUUCGAUGCUUUUAUGAUCAAAUUUGUUUAGAUCUAUUACGAUUUCAUCUAUCCCUGUUCACACUGCUAGAUGCAACAAUUCUUAACAGUUCACUACUAAUAAACUCCAACGUUAACUCGACGAUUGAAGAUCUUCUCAAUCAACUGAUGGUCGAAAAAUGGACACCGUCGCUGAUGUUUGAGAGCUACUACAACGAAUGUAGACCAGAAAAGUGCUUGUAUACUGUCGAGGCAAAGAAUAGCGUUAUUUAUAUUGUUACAACAAUGAUUGGACUUGUUGGUGGCUUAAUCAAGGUAUUUAAAUUGGUCGUACCACGAUUAGUUCAGUUUAUAAGAAGAAAGAAGCCGACCAAGCGAGAAUCCGAAGUGUCAGACUCAGUACAAAAAUCGAGUAUACUUCAAACAUACAAGCAUCACCUUUGUUCAUUCAACUUAUUUCCUUCGAUUCCACCAUCUGUCGAUGAACAACGUCUUUACGAAGAGCGAAUAACAACCAGAUUCUUUAUCAUUCUCUUGUUAAUAUCAUUAACUAUUCUCAUCUUAUAUACUUCACUGAUUGACAUUACACAGACUGAUAUUGUCAGCUCACCUACAAUGACAGAAUACGGUGAACUAUACUCAAUCUAUUCACAAAGACUCAUAUGUCCAUGCACAAAAAUUUCAAAUAAUUAUGGUGCAUUUGUUCAGUUGAAUUAUACAUUUCAUCAACUGUGCAGCAGUGCCUUGAUUUCGCAAUCCUGGAUCGAAUAUCUUGCUCCAUAUUCUGGAAGACUUAAUGUCACUUUCAUUGACUUUCGAGCAUUAGGUACGUUUAUCUUUCAAGGUUUGCGUGGCUUCUGUAACUCAGCGAGUCAGGUGAUAGCCAAUCGUUUGAUGGAAUUUUAUUCAACACAAUAUGUCACAGCAUCUGUCAUAUCAAAAGAAGUAUUUAACUCUCAAAUGAAAUCAUUAACUACUCAAUUUAUCUCGACAAUGAUCAAUGAUUUUCUUUUAUCAUAUUCUGCAAUACGCUUUACCACUCAAGCUAACAGUUUGGUGUCUGGUCAACUUACUAACUAUUUCCUGGUACAACGGACAGACUACUACUUUCUUAGUUGGGCUUAUAUAACCUACAAUUGUACUUGCAGCUCUUCGGCCAGAUGUAGUGCUUGGUGUGGAAUUGUUGAUCCUCCUACCAGCACCAUCUUUUUCCGUAUGCCUGGUAUCAAAUCAGGAUGCUACAUCAUUGAGGCAUUGCUUCAAUCUGAUCUCCGAUGCUUUUAUGAUCAAACUUGUAUAAAUCAAUUACAAUCUUAUCUGAGAUUAAUGCCACCAAUCAAUAUAACAGCUCUUGACAAAUCGUUGCCAAGUAAUUUUUCUUCUAAUUCAUCAAUUGCCGAAUUACUUGGUCAUCUAAUGGUUGAACAAUGGACACCGUUGAUUGUAUAUGAGAAGUAUUACCAUGAAUGUCAGCCGUAUCAGUGUGUUUACAUUUAUAAAACGAAGAACAGUGUUAUUGGCAUUAUCACAAUCAUCAUUGGCUUAAUUGGCGGUUUGAUCACAGCAUUGAGACUGAUUACGCCACGAUUAGUGAUGUUUUUUAGAUACAAGGAGAUACCAGAACGGCCACAGAAUGUGACAAAUAUCAAUGAAAAAAGUCGUGAAUUGUGGCGGAAAUUAAAGGAUUUUAUCGUGACCUUUAAUUUAUUUCCUUCAAUCCCACCAUCUGUCGAUGAACAUCAACUUCACAAUCAACGGAUUUCAACAAGAGUAUUUAUCUUUCUCUUGCUAUCGGCGUUAACCAUUCUUAUCUUGUACACUUCAUUGAUCAACAUCACACAAACGAUCACUAUCGAUUCACCUACAGUCACAAAAUAUGAUGAACUAUACUCAAAGUAUUCACAAGCAUUAUCAUGCCCAUGCACACAAGUAUCGAUUGCUUAUGACAAAAUUCUUCAUGUUGCAUAUGUUUUUCAUGAAGUGUGUAGUAGUGUCUAUGUCACAAAAGUUUGGACCGAUUACCUUGAUGCAUCGAAUCAAACGGGUGGCUUGUAUAGCCGUGACUUUCGAUCAUCAGGCACAUUCGCAUUUCAAGCUUUGAUCGGAAUUUGUCAGUUAGUCAAUGAGACUAUUAGCAAUCGUUUAACUGAAUUCUAUUCAACACAGUAUGUUACCGCAUCUGUUGUGUCCAGAAUUGUAUUCGAAUCGCAAGUUGAAGCAUUCAUAUCUCAAUUUAUAUCAACGAUGACUAAUGACUUUCUUUUAUUAGUUUCUACAAUACGAGGUACGACGCAAGCUAACGCAUUAUUAUCUGCUGGAAUACCAAAUUAUCUUCUUUUUAUGGCAAUAGACACGGGAGCUGGUGCUGCAGAAUCAUACGGGAAUGGUAACUGUUAUACUUCCGCUAAAUGGACUGAUCCAUCCACAUUUAUGAAGUUUCCUAGUGGUACAGUAUUCUUCACUGUUCCGGGGUUCUAUAUCGGAUGUUAUAUCAUUGAAUCACUACUUCAAUCCGAUCUUCGAUGCUUUUAUGACCAAAUUUGUCUAACUCAGUUACUUUUCUAUAUAUCUCCGUGGGCACCGCUGAACUUAAUCACUCUUGACAAGUCAUUGUUAGUUCGCUCCUUUGUAAACUCCACAAUAGAAAAUCUUAUGAAUCAAUUAAUGGUCGAGCAAUGGACUCCGUCACCGAUGUUUGAGAAUUAUUAUAGUGAAUGCAUGCCAACAAAAUGUGCUUAUACCAUCGAAACGAAGAGCACGAUUAUUUAUAUCAUCACAGUAGUCAUUGGAUUAAUCGGUGGUUUGACCACAGCUCUGAAGUUGAUAGUGCCACGAUUGGUGCAGUUCUUUGCGUUUUGUAUCCGAAAAUGGCGAACAAAACGUCAUCGAAUCGUGCCAAUCAUCGAGCAAUAA